AUGCAGCCGUUCAACGUCCCUAUUCAGAUCACACUUCAGGGCAGCCGGAGACGCCAGGGAAGGUCAGCCUUCUCUACUUCUGAUGGGAGGAAAAACAAAGACUGUGGUGAUGGAAAAUCAAUCCAAGAUGUGCCAAAAAAGCUCCCCUCCACUGCAGGAGAAGAUCGAGCGAUUCUCUUGGGUUUUGCAAUGAUGGGUUUCUCUGUCCUUAUGUUUUUUCUGCUCGGAGUCACCAUUCUAAAACCUUUCAUGCUCAGCACACAGCGAGAAGAGGCAAACUGCACCAUCAUGGACACACAUGUGAAGGAUGACUGGCUGGAUUGUUCGUUCACCUGUGGGGUUGACUGUCGGGGCCAGGGAAAGUACCCUUGUCUUCAGGUGUCUGUAAACCUCUCCCAUUCGGGCCAGAAAGCUUUCCUGCAUUAUAAUGAAGAAGCUGUUCAGAUAAACCCAGAGCAUGAUGUUACAGACUGCAAAAUUAAAAGAAAAAGCAGAGCCAGUUUUUGCUGAAUACAACUACACUAAAAGUGCAGUCAUUGGCCAAAAUCUUCUUGUCAGGACUAACAAGGCUGAGAAAGAUGAAUUAAUUGAAUGAAUACUGCAAUACUCUACAUUUGCAAUACAACAAACACAUGCAUCUUGCUGUGUCUUAAAUACUUCUUGGCCUAUAAUAAAAAAUAAAAUUUAAAAACCUUUAAAAAAAUAGGUAUAAUGCAUUAUACCACAAGUUUUCAAUCUAGAGAAUGACAAAUAAUUAUAGAGCAAUACAUUGAUGGUAGCAGAUGAGUCUGAAAUGGGUGUCAUACCUCCUUUCCAAACAUUUCAAACUAAGUUAGGUCACAACUCUUCAGUUCCUGAUAUUAUUUUCCUGGCUAUUAAUGAGGUUUGUGGCCACUUCAAAAUAAGAAAAUGUGUUUCGGGGUCCUAUGAUGCAUUACAGAGAACAUUGAACUGGGAGCUGCCAGGUCUUGGUUCUAGUCUCGGUUCCUUCCAGUGUGACCCUCCUCAGGAAGCCUGGUGGCUUACCAUAUUGGUACGGGACUUUGUGCUGAUGCCCUUUUGGCCUUCGCCCUUGUGCAGUACUCCCCAGCUGCAGAGAUCCACAAGCAUUAAUCUCUCCAGCAGUAGGAACUCCAGGUAGGUCCAACCAUCCCCAAUUGUUAUUUUUUAUUUAUUAAAAAAAAAAAAAAACAACACAACUCAGCAGAUAAUGAUCUUAUUCUAUAAAAAUCACACUGGAAUUGGGUACCUUGCUUAAAAUAUUUUGAGAAAUUAUUAAAAAAUAACCCCUUCCAGUCUCCUUGCCAACCCAAGACAGCUACAAAAUGACCUGGACACCACACAGGACAAUUUUAUCUUGUGACAAUUUCAAUCAAGAUUGCACACCGCUUAAAAAACAAAACAAAACAAAAACGAACCCAACAAUUGUUCUAAGGCUUUACUAGGUCCUUGCACACUUAACAAGUGUAAAUGUAUGAUUACGGUGAUGGUAGAUUGUGAGCAGUAGCUGCCCAUGGCAGUGUAGCACCAGUAAAAUGGAUCAAAUUUUUUUUAAGUUUUAUUUUACUAAAGAUCAAAAAUUAAAACUCUUGCUAGGCUUUAAAACUGAAAAAAUUUUCUUUAAGUUCUAAACCAGCAACCUAGUUAACAGAAACUUGAUUAGUUGGAAUAAAUAUACUACUAUUCCUAAAACCAAGUAGGAGGGACCAGCCUGAUGAUUAUGAAGAGUAAAAAUAAGGAUCCUCAAAGCAGUGACAAGUGUGAAAUGAAACACAAACCUAUUUAAAAAGUUAACUCCUUGAUUUGGAAAUAGCAAUGUAUUCCAAAUGCUCCUCAAAGUCCAAAUUUAGGUACUCUGAAAGCAAUAAUUAAAGUCUAACAGUAUACAUAUGUGAAUACACAUGCAUACAAAUAAUUUAUCAAGGUACUUACAUACGUGUUUGUGUGUAUAAAGACAGCAAACCUACUAUUAAGGAAGAAAACAAAAUUAAAAAUUUAACCUUGUAUUCCAAUACUAUCAAAUCUGUUGGCAGAUUUUUUUCCUCCCAAAGUGUAGCUGGCCCACUGACAGGAAAAACUGAAGUUUUUCUGUUGCUUUCAGUGAAGAUCUGCUUUAAGUGCUAUGCAAAUAGCUAAAGUGAAAAAUCUACAAUGCUUAGUUGGGCAAAACUUGGGGAAUAUUAACACCUAUCACACUCCAAUUGUAAGUCAUUUAUAUUUACUUCUGUGGGUUGGUUCCUUGACACAGUGGGUCUCAAGAGGGAAAGUCUUUAAUUAAAUUUAGUCAGAUCCAUGGUCAUCUCUUAGAGUGAGCAUCUCAAGUCCCAGAUGUGAAACUGCUUGUUUUAAAAAAGUAAUCAAAGGUAAAUCAAGUCUUUGUGGAUGUGCUUUCCAAACAAAAACCAAUUCAGUGAGGUUAGUUUUUUUGAAAAUCAGCUUUUCUAUCAGGUGGUUAUCUCAAGUAUCUUUCACAGUUUGUGGACAGAGGCCAGAAUGCACAUUUGAUUGCCACAAAGUUAUAAAUAAGAAUUGAAACCACUGCUAUAAGCAACUUAUUCAAAAUGAACGGGCAGGCUACUUGGAUAAACGGAAUUGUACUUUGAACAGUUUUUGGCACUCUGUGUAACAGAGGGUGUGCAUCUGACAGGAGUGGUAUAAAAAGAGACUAUCUAUUCAAGUAAAAAAAAAAUCCAGAAAUAAGAAAGUUGUGUUUGGAGAAGAGAAGUAGCAAAUAAUACUUCAUUAACACCAUAUUAGUGUUUUUAAAUCGAAGUAUUUUGGGGAUAUCUUAGGCAUCCAAAUGAUCAUUAUUUAAAAGGGACUUUUUCAGAUGGUGAAUGGGUCCAGCCCAGGUCUGCAGCCUGUACAGACAGGAAAAUAUGAGGAACAAUACAGUUGCUCAGAGCUGACAUUAACAUGCUGGUUACAGAAUAAUGAAGCAAAGGAAAUGUUUUCAAAGAAUUAGCAAGCAUGAGUUAUUGAUCAUGAUAGAACUAAAAUGAAUUUACAAAAUUAUUCAUAUGACCAAAAAAAUAAAACAGUAGGGGGUAAUCAGAUACAAACUUAUCUACAAGCUGUGAAAUUGCUGUGGUGCCUUUAAAAUAUGCAGGCUCCUUAAAUCUUUUCUACAAGAUCCCAAACCACUCAAUUUUCAGUUAAAAAAAUAAAAACAAAACAAAACAAAAAAAAACCAAACAUUAUACAGCCAGUCUGGUUUACCUUUAAGAAAACCUAGCAAUAUACUUUAAAAAAGGAAAAGGGGAAAAAACCCAAGAGUGUACACACACUCUAAUCAAUACAUCAUAUUUUCAUUUAGUAAAGACUACACUUUACAGAAAAAAUACUUUUAUCAGCAGCCUGUUUUCAUCAAAAACCAAUAGUUUCACAGUUGAAAAAAUUACAUUAAAAUAUUUUACAAAUCAUUACAUAUUCACCAGUUCCCCAUUUUCUUAAUGGGCUUAUAAACACAAAUUGAUUAUGGGACAAAUCUCAGAAUUGAUUAUUUUCGACACAAUUUUACAGGUGACACUAAAAAACCAAGAGAAACAAGUUCUACGGUAAAACGUCAAAUAAAAUCUACUCUCUGAUUUACAGACACAUUAUCAGUCUUCAAAAUGGGUGUGUCCCUUUAAGGAUUGAGACUAUGCUAAAAGGUCAAGCAGGCUUUUAAAUUUCUUUGUAGGAUGUAUUAAAUGUUAGGGCUUCUGCUCUUCAAAAAUGUGCUCCAUUUCUCCUUCUCCAAAUGAUUAGGCAAGAAAAUAUUUCUUGGGAGAGCCAAUGAUCUCGAAAGUCAAUGGUUAUAACUGAAGUUCUGAGAGAUGGUUUGGGGAAUUUAAGUAAUCCCAAAUAGUUAAAUCAUUUUAGAGCCUGUUACAUGACUUCUGACCUGAAAUCAAUUUGAAUAAUCCAACAGUUUGCUUAAUACAAGCAGCAAUGGCUUGGCCUUUUGGAACCCUCAUUUUCUCCUUUCUCUUUUUCAACUUUUCUUUGCCUCAGUUCUAUUCUGCUUAGAUCUGUUUACGAUUCAGCUUGUUUUCAGGUCACUUAGUUUGGCUCCUAGUUAAUUUUUUUUUCUGAAUUAUUCUACACAGCUCAAAUAAAUUGAAACUAAAUUAAUUUGUCUGCAGUAAUUUAUGCACAAAUUUUCAGCGGGGCCCUCAAAAGUGAUCUAUACUGAUGUAGGCAAUUUAAGUAUCUUUUAAUUUUUGUGCAAGGAGACUCAUAAAAUUACUGCUUUAGAAAUAUCUGGGGAAACAAAAAAACAAAAUUCUGUUAUAACUUUAAGAAACUUGAUCAGGGCUUCAGACAUUUAUUAUUUUACGGAGUUUUACUAUCAUCAAUCCCUGAUAUUAAAAAAAAUGUUAGCAUGUGUCAAAUGCCAAUCAGUAAUGACACAUCAUGGUUAUGCAUCAAAUGAGAAGAUGGAAUAUGUUAGCUAUGAAAUCUUUCAUAACCGCAAAGGAGAACAAUUAUCAAUGACUUAAUAACAAAGGGUUUAAAAUCUGCUGAACUGUUCUGACACAGUCAAUUAUAAAUAUGAAAAAUGAAUAUUCCAAUACUCCAAAUUUAUUUUUCUCAGUGGCUUUCACUAAGACAGUAUUAUUUACAUGCUUUAAUAAAGUACCUAAAUCUUCAACAACUACCUCUAGGGAGCCUAUAUCCAUAUGCAUCCUAAAAUAGCCAAAUAUGUCUUAGGAAUUUUGGCAUUACAGUCCCUGGUUUACUUGAUCCAAGGCUCUAGGAUAAGUAUCUAAUUUCAUUAAAGAACUUUUUUCUAAAUGAAGUAAACCAUUCAAUAGCUCAUUACCAUUACAGAGAACACAAUGUACAGUUUUUAUAAAGUUAUAUUCCAAUAUCAUGCCUAAUCUAGACACUUGCCAGCCCCUCUCCUUUAUUGCACUUUUAUUUUUUCCUGUGGCACAAAGACAUCUGCAGAAGCUGUUUCCUAGUUCUGUGGGCAUUUACUCCAAAUACCAUGUGGAAUGCUGGUCUAUAGUGAAGAAAGCUUCCUCACAGUCUAAUCCCUUCCCUUGCGAUUCCCAAUCAAAAAAAAAGGGGGGGGGUGAAUCACUUCUUCCAAAUGUUUAUGAAUUUAUCCUGGGCUUAAGUGCAACUUAAAAAACUUAGAAAAUGGACCCUGGCCACUUUAAAGUGGGAACCAAUCUUAAUGACUAUGGGUUCCAUUUUUAUUAUUGAGAUAGAGGCAAAGAGCCUGCAAACAGACAAUAUUCCUGGUUUCUUUUUCCCUGCUGCUUUGAAGGAUCCUUUCUUUAUAAGUGCUUCCACUUUAGGAGAAGAUUAAUGCAAACAGGACACGAAACUGUAUGUUACUGAGCUGAUUUAAACUGAUUUAAGUUUUUUUUUUUUUUUUUUUUUUUGGUAGAAGAGAGAGAGAGUGGGGAUAAAAAUGAAAAGGAGGAAAGAGGUGGUCCUGAGCAGGAUAUUUCACCAACUUUGUUUAACAGAGUAUCCCUGGGCAAUGGUGUACAUUAUGGAAGAGUGCCUGGGCUUCUCUCAAAGACCAAGAGAA